AUGAAAGGCUUUGAGGAGGUUCUCUUCGUGGACGCUGCCAGGUUGGAGCAUUCGGCUCGGGAAUCCACUUGGAGGCCUCCGAGGCUCCAGGCCAACAUCGGUCCUGAGGGUGGAGGUGCGGCUCCCUCGGGCCUCACUGAGGCAGGGCCAGGGCCUGGUGCAGGCGGCUCCUCGGAGCCCUCGGCUUGCAGCGAUCACCCGAGCCCAGGCUGCCCGCUGAAGGAGGAGGAGAAGCAGCAUCCACAGGCUCCGCAGCAGCAACUUGACCCAAACAACCCCGCAGCGAACUGGAUCCAUGCUCGCUCUACCCGGAAAAAGCGCUGUCCCUACACCAAAUACCAGACGCUUGAGCUGGAGAAGGAAUUCCUCUUCAACAUGUACCUCACCCGGGACCGGCGCUACGAGGUGGCCAGGAUUCUGAACCUCACAGAGAGACAGGUCAAAAUAUGGUUCCAGAACCGUAGGAUGAAAAUGAAAAAGAUGAGCAAGGAGAAAUGCCCAAAAGGAGACUGACCCAGCGCAGUACCCGUACCGAAGGAGCGCUCAGAGGCAGCGGGGGUUUUUCUUUGUGGGUGCUUGAUUUCCAAAAACUCUCCAGCGACUCAGACUUUUUUUUUCUUUAUUAUGUAGAAGUGACUGUGUGGUUGGUCUCUGUGAGGUAUCUGGGGGACUCUGUAUUUGCUCGCUUAUGUGUUGGAGAAACCAAAUGGCUUCAGGGUUUCGCCUAUCCCACUCCUUUUCCUGCUCCAUUGAUUCCUUAGGAAAUGCUAUAUUUUGUGAGUGCACGCUGGUUUAAGGAGCCCUCUUCUGUGUAAAUGUCUCCCAUGUUUCCAAAAUGUGCUGUAGCUUAGUCCCCAACCCCUCAGCACUGCCCCAGCAGGGCCAAGUGUAACCCCAAUUCUGGGAAUCUGAAGGCAGAGGGAGACAAUGUGGACAUCCCUGCUGCUUGCCCAAGUGCAAGCCCAGUUGGGUGGGCCACCGGUUUCCAAAGCCCGCUUUCCUCAGGGAUCCCGCAGGCCUUCCACUGAGACCUCGAGUGAGGCCUAGAGAGGAGUCUAGGGCCUCAGGUGGGUAAUGGUUUGUCCUGAGUGUGUUGGAGAAGCUGCUUUCUCCCCGGGAGGGUUGGGAUCGAAUGGGCAGCCUGGUGGUGACCAUCCCGGUUCCUGCCUAAGGACCAGUUGUAAAUGUUACCGCUUCCUAACAAUAAAUGCUGAUCUGAUCAAACGGA